UCUUGCCGUACAGCUUUCAAACGACUUCAUUUCAAAUCAAAAACCCACUCACGAUCCCUUCCACCCUCCGUCUCCCUCACUCCCUCUCUCCCAAACCCUAGCCUCCCUCCUCCGUCGUCCAAGCGAUCGACCAUGUCCGUGAAGCGCUCCCGCAUCGUCCGCUCCUCCAGCUCCGGCGACACCGGCGUCAUCAACCAGCUCUCCUCGCCGGCCGCCGACUCCCCCGAGCUCCGCUGGCACGUCCGCACCGCCCUCGCCUUCUCCGGCGCCCCCUCCCUCGCGCCGCCUCCCCAGGCCUCCACCGACCAGCGCCGCCCCCCUCCGCGGACGGGGAUCCUCACGCUGUCGUCCCCCGCGGGGGAGGACUGGAGCCAGGAGCGGAUUGGGAACUUCCUCGAGAGGUGCUUUUACUGCAAGAAGAGGAUCCGGGAGAGCGACGAGGUCUUCAUGUACGGCCACUUGAGGGCAUUCUGUACGACCGAUUGCCGUGAGAAGCAGGUUGCCAUGGACAAGUUGAGAGAGAAAAGGUCUGCGGAAUCAAAGAAAGUCGGAGGAGGGCAGGUGGCAGAAUGAGCAAGAUGGAGGAUAGCUUUUGACUUCGAAAGGAUGAAACUAGUUCUCCUGAAAGUGUAGGUAGUUAACUAACUUCAGUUAGUGCAGCUUCUGGGUCUUUUUGCUAUGAGCUUGCACUUCUACAUAGGGUAGGAUCGAUCUGCAAACUUUGUUUGCACCAGCAAACUGUUUUUGGGACUUGUACAGUUCACUGCUCCUUCUAGUGUCAACAAUGCCAUAUUUUGAUGUUGAA